UUAUGCGCGUGCCAAUAAUUGACAGAAACAUUCCAGUGGUCAGUGAGUCGAAGUGAUCGAAGGCAGCGUGUUGUGUUAUUAAAUCACAGCAAGCGGUUACCCACCAGCAGCAGCAGAAUAAAAUAAAAAUGCUAAUCGAGUUGGCUGAGUUUAGUCAGAAGCUCCAGGAGUACCGGACAAUCUUGGAACGGUUGCGAACCAAUCAAAAAUCGUACCAACAAAGGCGGGAGCGACUGAGCAAACUCAGCCAACGGCGUCGCUCGGAAAUCCGGAAGCCAGAUGUUGCAUGCUACAUGUGUAACGCCAACAUUGAAGUCGAGGACACAAACAGUUUCGCAACAUGUCGUGGUUGCGAGCGACUAGUGUGCCGGAGCGAGGGAAAACAAUGCAGCGAGUGGAUCCCUGCGAUCGGCAUUUGGGAGUGUCAAAAUUGUCACUCAAGUCGGGUGAUCCAGCAAAAAGCAGGCGAGUGGUUGCUAGGUCAACUCACCAGCCGAUUGCAGAAUCCCGGUCCAGUGAAUUUGAAAAACGAUGGCCUUCUUGGAUUGACUGCUACCGACUCAGAUGAUGCCCAAAGCUCUACGUCCUCGAUUUCUUCGAACCAAAAGGUCAAAGUUCGGGAGUUCGUCGAAGAGUUGCUUUCUUCGAUGUUAAAUGGUCCGUUGGAUGACGUGCCCGUUGGGCAACUCAUGAAGAACGAUGGCUAUAUAAAGUUGUUCCACAGGUAUCAUUCACGUUUGAGCAGGUGUCUGUACAAUCUGGAGCUCUCGAUACAUCAGUCACUGUCCGAUCUACCCAUGAUCGAAGGCCAAACCGAGCCGGCUAGUCCGAGCGAUACGCAUUUUGAACUACGCAAGAUGCUCCAGAAGAUCCUGGAUGAGGUCACCAAGUUACCAGAACUGUUUAAUCAAAGCGGUCUUCCAUUGCGACCGGAGGAGCAUCUGCCGUAUUUCAGCCCCAAGAAGUACGAGCAGCUGCUGGCGAACGCUGUGCUCAAUAAGGUGGUAGAGAACUACCGCAAUCCGCAAAACUUUGAACACGUGGAGCAGCAGCCAACGAAGCAGCAACCGGAAGUGGACAAAGCUGGCCCUCCGACGACCGGAGCGACAUCGGCGGGUUCAGCACCGGCCACCGGAACUACCUUCGACAUCAAUCAUAACAAAGUUCCUGGUAAAAGCCUGUUGAACGAAGCCAACCUAAGACAGAUGUCGUUGGAUAAGGAGUUGAAGGAAGAUCUUUAUGGCCGGUCGCUUUCAGAAUCAGACGAGUCGUAUCUGAGUGACUACAUCCAGAAGCAUACAGUGCCUUUGCCGGAUUUGUCAGAUACCACAGGGUCGGGAUCAGGCCCUGAGGAUGAUCUACUAUCCCUCAAAUCAAACACUACCGAUGGAACUUGGGAGGAGAAUUGGUUAUUCAAAAAACGACAGCUGAAAGCAACCGAAUCUUCAAUUGCCAUGCUGGUGCCAUCUCCAACCGAAGAAGUUAAGGCUCUGAUCGGCGAUAAGAAUGCUGAUGAAGUCAGUGAUCUUUCUGAGGCUGGAUCCGAUGUUGAGGACUACGAUUCAGAUAGCAACCAUAAGAAUACUACCACAGAUCCUAGUAGUUCCACUAGGAAAACAGAACAAUCACUUGAAGACCAUGUCCAGGACAGUUUAAUUUCGAUAAACUCAAUCGCUUCCAAUGAGCCGGUUCUCUCGGAAGCCAAGAAUGAUCUGUUACUGAAGGAACAAUCUUUUCCACUCGAAACUUCUAAUCAUCUGGUAGACGACCUUAUCAGUAUCGAACCCAGUUCGGAGAAAACGGAAGCUGCCAAUCCGACAUUGGUGGAUAGUGAAUUGAAUUCGUUCCUGUUCGGUCCCGAAUCGGUACUUGUGGAAGAAAACAAUAAUAUAGUCAAGCAACAUGAAGUGGAAACAGAUGACGUCAAACUCAUGCAGGAACUUAUCCAAAAUGCUCCGAAGCACAGUGACACCGAUGGAAAUGUACAAUAUCCAAUCGGUAUCGCUAGAACAAUCCCAGUCGACAGACCAACCGCUGAGUGUGACCGAAAAGAAAUCCCAAUAGAAACAGCACAAUCUGCACCGGAGAAACAGAAACCAUCGGAACUGGCCAAUGGUCACGUUCCAACGACAACCAAUGGUUCCACGGACGAUUCCGGAGAGGAAGAAAAGCUUAUACCUGGAUCCAUUGCCGAGCGUGAGCACUUGAAAUGGCGGAACGCUUCACCUAUCGCCAACAAUCCGUAUUCUCCAGAUGUGUUACAGAAACGGCUGGAAGAGUCGAACAGAAAAUCAAGUAUGUUUGACUUUGAUCGGUUGGCAGAUAGAGCUCUCACAUCCCCGACCAUGGAAGUGCCUGAUGAACCUGAACUCGUCUUGGCUUCCAAGGAUGAUGAUGAUACUGCUGAGAAGGAUCGUUCGUUGCAAUCCGUGGUUGGAAGCAAUCCAAAUCGAUAUCAAAGAUACGGUAGAGAUUACUACAUAAAUGACGCCAAGCGUGCUUGUGGAUCGCGAAAGGAGACACCGGAUCUAUCGGGUCAAUUAACGCACAGUACCGACGACGAGAAAUCUCUACUGCUGUCACAGAAACAGGAUCAACCAACUAGCCCUACCCACAGUAACGGGAAUGACCUGCGUCCAGCUGGUGCAAUCCCAUUCGUAAAGUCCAACAGCUGUGGCAACGUGAUCAACAACAAUCAAUCGGAGGACAGUGACAGUGCGGCUCGACCCAUUGCAGUUGCUCCAGGUGAUCCCAUCCUGAAGAAAGGCACCAAAGUGGAAUGUCUCAGUACACAGGAUCGGGAGGUCUACCUCGUUCCAACAGACGAACCCAUCACUCCCUGUUCGUUGGGAUCCUCUUCGGAACUAAGCAUGACGUCACGACCUGAUGAUAGUCUAACGUACAGUGAAGACUCGGACGUGACUCGGAUCUAUGAGAUCGGAACAGGUGAAAGCAAAGUUAUUCAUGGAGAUGCUAUCGGUAGUGAAAAGGACACAAGUCGGACACCUCCCUCGACUCCAACUAAUGACGAAUCUGGUGUAGUGAAUUGCAUAGACGAAGAGCAAACAAUGAACAAAUUGAACAGUCUGAUGCAGCAAGAGACUGAACUAAUUUCAGAAGAAAUUAUCGGGAUUAUUCCUCAAGUCAGAAUGCCCACACCGGUUGAACCGGACCCGAUAGUUGAACCUCCUUCCAGUCCCACUAUAGACCGUAGUCAUCUACUGAAACCUCAUCUCGUCAAGAUGAAACCUCUAUCGCCGGAAACGAUCAAAUUUUUCUCGCCUAAAAAGCCUUUCGCAGCCAAAGGGGGCAAUCUUUCUGCGUCAUCCUCACUUUCCCAGUCGUCGACGGAAAUUCGAGAUCUACCUCAUCAUCCUACCAGCCAUUACCAUUCGUCCUUGCACAUCGAUUAUCCGCCCAAUAGGGCCGCACCCAUCCAUCAUGAUUUCAUCAUCGAGAAGGAAGUGAUGGAAGUGCUUCCCUCGGUUAAGGAGCUCGCCAAGUGCUAUAGCAGCAGUCAGCAGGAUGUCAAUGCAGUGCCGAAGCCGCUUCAUAAACCAAAGGUCAAGCUCCGCAAGGACUUCAUUCGACAAUCGUCGGACAUGCUACACGAGGAGGAAAACCAGGACACUCGCACCGGAAUGCCGUACGUCCAGAACAAGAACCGUCGAAUAUAUUGCAGUACCGGUAGUAUCAGUGCCGCGGAGGAGAUACGUGAAAUCCGCCGAAUGAAAGUGGAAGCAUAUAACCCACCGACGUUUGUUCCGAUGGCCCCGGGACACAGCAUAACGGCCCGCAGUCUGUCCAAGCAGAUUCGAGAUGAGUUGAAAACCAAUGCGACGGAUGAUCACAAGGUGCAAGGAGGUGGCCAUGCGUCACCCGAGCGACCCAGCAGUCCCGUGUUUGCUCCGGGUCAUCUGCGAAGUAGUAUACAGUUCUUUGAAAAUUUGAAGGAAAAAUAGUCGGGGAGAAGGAUCAAAGUCAAUCAGAAAAAGUAAUCAGUGCCAUUGUUCUUAAAAUCUGUAAUAUGAUACCAAAAUGUCUAAAGUAGAAACUAUUUCUCGAGGAGGAAGCGAGUCGCUUUUUUGCCGUUCGUUGUGUUGAAAUUAUUGAUUUAUGUGCAGUGGUUUAUUUAUUAAUACAUUCUUAAACGCAUUUACUCCUUUGGAAGCAGGAAGUAUUUUGAACCGCAUUACAAAAAGGUGGAAAGUUGUGCUAUUGCUUUUGACAAGGGCAGUCAAGUUCAGAACUAUCGAGUCAAGGAAAUAUAGUCGUUUGCAAAAUUAA